AUGGGGCCGUGCCUGGCUCUGCUGGCCACACUGGUGGCCACGCUGCGUUCACAAAUGCUGCUGCACAUCACAGUUCCCCAGAAGUUGCUCUCAAAAACAGCUGGAGAGAGGGACGCGCUGUCCUACGCGCUGAGGAUCGAGGGGCGGCCCUACACCGUGCGCCUGCGGCAGCAAUUCUUUUUACCUGACGAUUUCAAGAUUUACACGUACAGUGAGGAGGGAUCCUUGCACUCUGACUCACCCUAUAUCAAGGGGGGCUGCCACUACCGGGGGUACAUCGAGGGCUUCCCCGGCUCGGCAGUGACCCUCAGCACCUGCUCGGGGCUCAGGGGGCUGCUGCAGUUUGAGAACGUCAGCUACGGGAUCGAGCCCCUGGGUUAUUCUCCUGCGUUCGAGCACUUUGUGUAUCGAGUGAGCGACGAGAAGCCGGCAGGGUCCCUCCUGGCCCGGGGCCACGCCGGGCUGGCGGCAGAGGAGAUGAUUUUGCCGUUCACGUACCUUGAAUCAGCAUACAAAUACCAGAGAGAGAUGGCACUCCAUGUAGUUUUGGAAAGGGCUCUGUAUGACCACCUGGGUGCAGACGAGUAUGUUGUGACACAGAAGAUAGUUCAGCUCUCCAGCUUGCUCAGCAGUAUGUUCAGGUCUCUUAAUCUAACAGUCACGCUGUCCUCCCUGGAGGUCUGGAUGGAUAACAGUACAUUUAAGACAACGGGGGAUGGAGAGGAGGUGCUGGCGCGGCUGUUGGAGUGGAAGCAGAGCAGCCCCGUCCUGCAGCCCCACGAAGUGCCGUAUCUGCUCCUGUACAGGGAGCGCGCCGCGUUCGCGGGCACCACGGCUCCGGGGAAGGCGUGCCAGAGGGACGCUGCCGGCGCAGUGGCCGUGUACCAAGGGGCCGCGACGCUGGAGUCCUUCUCCGUCCUGCUGGCCCAGCUGCUGGGCCGCAGCCUGGGCAUGAGCUACGACGGCUCCCGCGGCUGCCGCUGCCCCGGGCGCGUCUGCCUCAUGAGCCCGGAGGCGCGCCGUUUCAGUGGGGCAAAAGCCUUCAGCAGCUGCAGCAUCGAGGACUUUGAAACCUUCCUGAGGCAGAACAGGGACUGCCCGCUCAUCAGGCACGCUCUGCACCAGCCGUCCCACCGUGCGCCCGCCUGCGGCAACGGCGCGGUGGAGCCCGGCGAGCAGUGCGACUGCGGCGGGGCGGAGGAGUGCAGCGUUCCUGCUCUCCCCUCGGCUCCCCCGAGGCUGUUGGUGGGGAGGUCGGGGGUCAGCGCAAGCAGCCGUGGCAAGAUUUGCUGCAAAGAAAGAUUUCUGGUGUGUUUGCAGGCCUGUGCGUUAGACAAAUGCUGUACUCCGCAGUGUAACUUCAAACCAGGAAUGAAGUGCUCCUUGGGAUUAUGCUGUGAAAACUGCCAGUUCAAGCAGAAAAACUCGCCGUGCCGCCCGGCCGCCGACGCGCAGUGUGACCUGGCCGAGUUCUGCAGCGGGUCCUCCGCGUCCUGCCCCCCCGACCUGUACGUGCAGGACGGGCACGGCUGCGAGCACGGCACCGGCUACUGCUACAAGGGACGCUGCCAGUCUCCAGACCUGCAGUGCCAGCAGCUCUACGGAACAGGUGCAAAAAAUGCUCCUUUGGCCUGCUAUGAAGAAGUCAACAGUCAGCAGGAUAGGUUUGGACACUGUGGCAACCACCCCAAGAAUGGCUACCAGCCCUGUUCCUGGCCGAAUCUGGCAUGCGGAAAGUUAGUAUGUACAUACCCGAAUCAUAUUCCCUUCACAAAAGUCAAGGGUGCCAUAAUUUAUGCUAAAGUGCAAGAACAUCUGUGCGUGUCUUUUGAUUUUAUGCGUGGACCCACAGCGCUAGAUCCUCUCCUGGUAAAAGAAGGCACAAAAUGUGGUGCCAGAAAGGUUUGUAUGAAUGGCACGUGCCAGCCCCAUUCAGUCCUGAAGUAUGACUGCAACGUGCAGAAAAAAUGCCAUGGGCACGGAGUGUGCAAUAACAAGCAGAACUGCCACUGCCAUCCGGGCUGGAACCCCCCCCAGUGCAAGACCCGCCAAUCCUCCUCGCUGGGCCCGGGUGAGAGCUCAGAUGGGCUCGGGGUGCCCCGUGGUUUUACGGGGUGCAACGACUGCUCCCACGGCCCCGUCGGGCUGGCAGCUGAGCAGGCAGCCCGUGGCAUCGCCCGGCCCUCGCCCGGCGCUCUACCUCUGGCUCUGUCCCUAGAUCGUGUCACCAACAGCUCUGCCCUGGCCCUGCUGAAGGACUGGCGGCUGCUGAGCUCCGGCGGCUGCAUCCUCCUCGCCCUGGUCUGCGGCACCGUCCUGAUUACGAAGCGCAGCCAGCUGAAAAGAUUCUGUGCAAGGAGGCGAUUGCAAACGGAUGGCCCCGGCACCGAGGAGGGCAGCGACGGCCGGGACACGGGCACGGACACGGGCAGGGACAUGGACACGGACACGGGCACGGACACCGACACGGAGCCGGGGCCGGGGCAGCAGCGCGGGCACUAAUAAAGCGUUGGGCAGAGCUGCGUGUCCACACUCUGUGCAGGGCGGCGGGGCCGUUACCGGUGGGGCCAUUACCAGCAGGACCCAUUACCAGCAGUGCCUGUUACCGGCAAGACCUGUUACCGGUGGUGCCCGUUACCGGCAGAACCCAUUACCAGCAGUGCCUGUUACCAGUGAUGCCCGUUACCAGGGGUUCCCCUUUACCAGUGG